AUGUUCGUGUCGCACCAGUGGCUUUCCAACGACCAUCCAGAUCCAUCAGGUCAUCAGUUCAGAGUUCUCCAAGGCGCUCUACGUAACAUCAUGUCUGGACAAAGCCGUGUCUCCCUCCCAGUCACGGUAGAGCUUUUCUAUGGUCGCUUGAAGACGCCGCAAGCUGCUGAUUUCACAUCCGGACGGCUGUUUGUUUGGUAUGAUUACUUCUCCUGCCCACAGGGGGCGAGUGAUCUCUCAAGAGCUGACCGCCAACGUGCUAUAGACAACAUCGUGACCUACGUCUCAAGGUGCGAGUACUUUGUCAUCCUAUGCCCGGAGCUACAACAUGCAAAUCAGCAGCAGAUGCUGAAUCAUUCAAGCUGGGCAGAGCGGGGUUGGUGUCGCACCGAGCGUGUGGCCAGAGAACUUGCAGUGCGGGAUGAUGGCUUCGUGGUCAUAGUCGAGAGCGAGACGCAGCAACACGUUAUGUCCAGCCUCCAUCGGCACCUGGAUUCCCCGGGUGCCGGCCUUUUUACGUUGGAGACCGAUCGUGCUCGAGUCGGACGUGUACUUGUGCAGAUGGUCUGGAAGAAAUUGCAAUAUCACCUGGAACAAGGUGAUAUGCACAAUUUCCGGUAUCUCUUGAGCACGCAAGAUAUUUGUUGCCUGUCGGGGCUCGGUUUUCUUCCGCUCGAGGGCUUGAUGCCGGGAUUCGUGUCGCAAGCGGAUCCUUUCACCUAUCCGGAGGCCUUUGCAGUGGAACGCUUUUUGCAUGACACUGGCUUUAAGGCGGUUUCUGAGCGAGACUCUGCAGGGUGGACGCCAAUGUGUUAUGCCGUCCUUUCCGGCAAGCAAUUCUUGGUGGAAGCAUUGCUCAGACAGAAAGCAGACUGCAACGACAGGAUUACCCGACACAAGCCCAAGAUGCUUCUUCCGCAGAAUAUGCCCGUCCUGUCACUGGCGGCGUAUUUCCGUCGGAAUGGAGUGUUGAAGCUGCUGCUGUCUGCACGGGCGAAGGUGAAUGCGGUCGAUGGACAUCAGGGCGUUGCCAUUCACUGGGCGAGUGUAGCAGACAACGUGGAAGGUCUGCAGACGUUGUGUGAUGCUGGAGCGGAUCUUAGCAAGCUGAACUUACCAGGUUUCGAUGCCUUUCAAACUGCCUGCUUCUCAGGGUCUCUCCGAGUCGUGCAGGCAAUGCUUCAGAAUCCUUCCACGAGCCUCCGACACGGUUUGCACGCUGCCCUCAUGGCUGAUGGAGGUACCCAGCCAGUCAUUUCCACUUUGAUCCAG